AUGACCCCAGCUGCUCCUCUGAUCAUACUCGUGAUCCUCUGGUAUUUUCUCGCUCUCAAGGGACAGGCUUCCAAAAUAAUAUGGAUUCUUCUCAACCUUCUAGACACCCUUCGAGCACUUCGUCAAACCCGACCGAACGGAAGACGGAUCGGGGUUGUCACCCGACGAAAAGCCAUGCGAGAGACUUUGACUGGAUGGAUCGUUUUUGUUACGGUCUCUCAACUUGAACCUUUGGUGGAUAACGUCAUCGGAUGGUUGCCCCUUUACUCGACAAUGAGAAUGAUCACCUCAGCCGCAUUCUUCGCUUCUCGUACUUCUUCAUCUCUCACCCUUUUCAAAACUUUCAUUGCUCCUCUGCUGGCCCAAUACGCAGAUUCCAUCGAUCUCACCAUUUUGCUCAUUGAAUCUGUCGCGUUAUUGGUUUGGCACUUCACUUUGGAACUGCCGCUCGAAACCCUCAAAAUAUACCUGAAACAGGUGCCUUACAUUCCGGGCAUUCUUUCGUUUUCUCCGGACGUUGUCGACAUCCUCGACCCACUUCGUACAGAAGAUCAGCUUGUUACCGACGACUCUCCCUCCGCCACUCCAUCUGCUGUCGACCCUUCAGCUCCUCAACCAGCUACCACAUCUCCUGUAAGCGAAACCGAGGGACCUCCCCUACAACAACGCCAGUCAACUACGACUAUCCCUUGUGUACAUGACAACCCCACGACCACACCCGCAACAUCUCUUCCCACGCCCCAAGCAUAUCCAAGUCUACCCACCGAUUCCAUCAACAUUAUCAAUGACCCAGAACCUCGUCCCCUUCACAACCAAAGAACACUGCGCAGCUCCCGGUCUACCAUCUCUCUGACCAGUACCAAAUCUGAUCGUCCUUCAUCCCGCAUCACUACAUCGUCAAUCCGGUUAAAAUCAGUCAACAUCCCCUCCGCCCCUGCUGUUCCCUCAAUAACCCACAAACCGGAAAAACCCACACUCAAACCACUCAUCGGGACAGAAGUCAAAUCGGCUCCUUCGAGACUUGGCACACUCCCUACUUUACCCACUAUACGACAAUCUAGUACAGGUCCUUUCCCUCAGAGAGAUCGACAAGCUACAGCAUACCGUUUAUCAGGGUCGAGACCUGUCACUGGACAAGUUGAGUUGUCCCGUUCGAUAUCGACUACCAAUACGUCCAUUAAGACUGUUCCCACUAUGGAAGCAUUGUUCAAGGGACAUAAUCAAGAAAAGUCACACGCCAUAAAGAGAGCAAUGACAAGAUCUACGACCGAUGGUUAUCUCACUCGUCCGAUAGGUGGAAAGAAGGGAGGUGAGAGAUUGGCUUCCAAGGUUGGAGAAAAGAGGUUGCACGUAUUGAGGGAAAUUGACGGACCUGAAAGUAAGAAACCAAAAUUGGGUUCUGUUCCUUCAUCUCAUUAG